UUUCCGCAGCUGCAGGUUGUGUUCACUGUUCACGUACUCAUUUCAUGCUGAUUUGUGAUCAUCUGUGGUUGGAAUAUUGAAUUUAUCUCCCAUAUUUUGCUUAGGAAAUUAUCAGCAUGGAUUCUGGCUCUCCACUUUUGUUUAGACAGCCUAAUAAACCUGGAGGACCUAGAAAGAGGCCAUUCAGUGUUACUAACACUGGCUUAUUGUCUGACUAUUCAAAUGAGAAUUCUGAUGAUUACAACAUUCUUUCGGCUUUGGGAAUGAAGGAUAGAGAUAUUUUCCAGAGUCCUGAGAGUACCAAUCUGUUGAUGAAACGAGAGAAUGAAACAUUGGAAAAUUUCAAAGUCCCGAUUUCAGGCUCAGUUGCUGGUGGUCAGUCACCCUACUUUAAUGUGACAAAUACUCCAACUAAAAAAUCAACCAUUCAAGAUACCCAAGUGGUCAAACCAUUAAAUACUGAGUCUCAUGAAGCUGGUGCAACUCCCAGCAAUGCAGUCACUCAAAAAGAGCAAAUGCCGAAAGUGCAACCAACAGCAUCCAUCCCAAUAAUGAACAAAGAGAACAAUGUUGAAGAAAACAAACCAAGAAAGCUCAGACCAAUUGGGGAAUAUACAGUUUCCUCUUUGGACAAAGAAUUCCAAGAUAUUAUGGAUUAUCUCAAGCAAGAAAGAGAACGAGACCAACAACUGUUUUUGCAGUGCUCAAAAGCUCUACGUGAAAAGACUGAGAGCAUUAUUGAAAACUUGGACAAUAUCAUCAAGGGUCGGUACCAAUCACUGGAUGAAAAUUUGAAUUCUGUUAUACAGGAAUUUGAGAAGGAAUGGGAAUCUGGAAGAAAACUAGAAGAAGAGUUCAAUGUUUUGAGAAACCAUAUGUCGUCUAUUAUGAACAACAUUUUGCAAGACCCUUGCUUGGAAUAAGAUGUUAACUGCCACCCAAAAGUUCUGAAUUACCUGGUGCCGCAGUGAGAAGAGCGCAUUUAUUGGAGUUCCCUUUUUGUCGAAGGCUAUUCAGCGCACCUUUAUGUCUGCAAGCUCUGCUAGAAGGAAUUCGACAUAAGUAUGACCUUGAUUGCCCGAGGCAAUUUCUCGGCAGAAGAACUACCUGCCCUAACGCCAUUUGGGAAAAGUCAGUCUCAAAGUAUUGACGUCUAAGACAGGACUCGAGGCGUAGAGCAGCAGGUUUCUACGAAGUUAAAUUCUAAAGUGUUUGAACUCUGUAAUUUAAAAACCAAAAAAUCUAUUGUUCUCUGUAACAUAUAUAGCGAAUAACAGGUGGUGAAUGACAUUUGGAGAAAGUGCAACAUGAUUUCUACAACAAGUGAUUUCAACGAAAGAGGAUAACGCUAUCUCUUAUUUUCAACCACAUUGUUUUCUAGCCUGGAAUAUUCCUUAAAAUGUGAUGAAAGUGUUACCUACUAAACAAAGUGAAACAAUAAGAUAGUGUAAAAACCUUUAACAUUGUAAACAACUUAGUAUCCUUAAAUUUGUUUUUAAGGUUAUUGACACCACAUAAUAGAAGUUUAUGAAAAUGUUGAACUGCCUUGUAGUAUUGUUGCUAUGUUUAUUGGCAAACCCAUUGUCUGGUCAAAAAAGUUUGUUUGAAUCUGAAAUUGUUGGUGAUGAAAACCGUAAACUUAAUGUUGGAGUUAACCUGCCUCCAAAAUUCCUUCCUGGGGGAGACAUGGAUGGAUUUUCUCUUCCAGAAGACACAGCUGUUGGAACCAUUGUUUAUCGAUUAAGAGGUGAAGACCCUGAAGGAUCAAGAGUUGCAUACAGCAUUAGUGGAGACCAUUUGAGUGUUGUGAGAAAUACUGGAGCUGUGACAUUAGUUAAAGCUUUAGAUCAUGAAGCCACUGCAAUGAUAGAAGUUAUUAUAACUCUAACAGAUGAAAAGGGUCCAACUGCUGAACCUAACAUAGUUAGUAUCCGCCGUGAGAUUACUGUAGAAGAUAAGAAUGACAAUCCGCCCAAAUUUUCUGAAUCGUCAUACACUUUCUUUGUCAAUGAAACUGUGGGAGUUAACACCCAAGUGUUCAAUAAAAUCCUCAUUUCGGAUGCAGACUCUGGGAGCAACGGAGAAAUCAGAUUGACUUGCUUAAAACAGAAAUCACCAGAAGGAUGCGAGAAAUUUGGAGUGAGAAGUCAGCGCAUUGCGCCGGGAAAAUUCGCUGGCAUCCUGACUGCACGAAGUGGCCUGAACUACGAAGAAAACAGCCGUUUCACGCUCGUUUUGCAGGCUGAAGAUCUGGCAAAAGAGCCUGGAGCUGCCUUAACCAGUACAGCUACUGUAAUGGUCGAAGUUCUUGAUGUUCAAGACCAGCCUCCAGUGUUUUUAAACGCACCCUAUCGACCUGUCAUUCAUGAGAACAGUCCAGCCGGCCAUUCACUAAUGAAAGUACUCGUGCGAGACGGAGACACUGGUCAACCUCGAGAUUUACAGCUUGACAUCGUCGACGACCCUCUAGGAUAUUUUCGUGUAAGUUCAUUCAAGAUGAAUGACAACAUUGGAACUGCCAGCAUUGUGGCAUCUGACAACCCAAUUGAUCGCGAGGAUCAAGUUAUACUGCGGAACGGAGGCACCUAUUCAUUUGGGUUGAAGGCAAUUGAGUUGAUUGACAAUAAGCCUAUAGGCGAUUUUACCGUAGAAAAUGUCACCGUGAUGAUCAUCGAUGUUAACGACCAACCUCCUGUAUUUAAUCAGGCACAAUAUUCAAUCGGAAUUCCUGAAAAUCUCGAUAUUGGGGAAGCAUUGCCUGGUCUUGAUAUGACAGUUUCGGAUUCGGACACUGGCGUACAUAGUCAAUUUGGGUUAGAGUUGAUCCCGUUGCGAAAUGCCGACAAUAUCUUUGAGGUUCACCCGAUGUCUGCCACAGGCCGGACACCUGUUCUUAUCAAAGUUACCGGAGCUGAUAAGCUCGACUAUGAGAACCCUGAUCGGCGGGAAAUGGUUGUACAAGUCAUAGCUCGAGGUGGAGGCAGACGUCUCUCAUCUACUGCCACACUGACCAUCCUGUUAGUCGAUGUUAACGACAACAUCCCGAUCUUCGAUGAGUCUUCCUAUAGUUUCAAUGUGGUUGAGAAUUCCGCACCUGGCUCGUUAAUUUCAAGGCUGAGUGCUACGGAUGCCGACAGCGGUGUGUUCGGACAAUUACGCUACGAGUUACGUGGCUUUGGAGCCGAGCGCUUUUCUGUUAACUCGUCUACCGGUGACCUGACAGUUGGAGUAUGCGGACUUUCGACUUGUUUAGAUUAUGAGGAUCAGGACAUUUUUACUUUGACCUAUACUGCCAUUGACGGAGGGGGGAAAGCAACAUCAGUGCCGCUUACUAUUAGAAUUGAUGACGUUAACGACAAUCCGCCCGUUUUCGAGCAAAAUCAAUACAGGCGACUCAUCCAAAAUAGAGCUCUUGACUUCGAUCCACAAUUAGUGGUUAAGGCUACAGAUAAGGAUAGUAUUCGGAAAGGUCAUUCACCGCCAAUUCAAGAUGGCAGGAUUUCCUACUCCAUUGUGGCAGGCAACACUGCAGACAACUUAUUCAAUAUUGGGCGCGACAGUGGCAUUCUUGAUGUUACUCGUCCUAUCAAUGCCACUGAAUUGGGCGAGGUUAGAUUUGUGCUCACAGUGCGAGCGACCGAUUCCGGCACACCACCCCAGCAUGCUGAUACCGUGGUGACAAUUACGGUGGGGGCUGUCGAUGGAAACGAUCCCCCCAUUUUCCAACAGAACCAAUAUCACGUCAACGUUGUCGAGCGGGCAACGCCAGAUUCAUUUGUUAUUCAGCUAAAUGCUACUGAUCCGGAUGGACCUUCAGAUAAUUUGCGCUAUCGCGUCGUCGGAGGCACAGCCGUCGAUUGGUUCACCAUUGAUGAAGUGUCAGGAAUCGUUCGGGUUGCAAGAGGUGGCGCUCUCCAAUGGGAUCAAGAAGCUCCUCUUCUUACUCUGGCAGUAGCUGCAGUUGACCAGGGCCAGCCACUUGCUCAAUCAGCUACCGCAACAAUCACCAUACAGGUGGAAGACAUCAACGAUAAAUCACCAAACUUUGAUAAACAACUUUUUAUCCAUCACGUAGCCGAGGUUACACCUGUUGGAACUCGGGUACUGGCUUUAGGUGCCAGUGAUCCCGACACUAGCUCACAAUUAAGAUUUCGAUUAACUGAGCCAUUUCAGAUGAGAAAUAAAGGAGGUUAUUUGCGCGACGAAGUUGAAAGCGAGUACUUCUCAAUUUCCGAAUCAACCGGUAUCUUGACCCUUACGAAGCCGCUCGACCACGAGAAUGCUGCUGUUGUUAUGUUCCGAGCGGAAGUUACAGACAUGAAUGCUAAUGCAGAAUAUCCCAAUCAAACGGAUUUCGCUGAGGUUGCAAUUUAUGUUCAAGCGCAUACUGAUAACGGACCUAUAUUCUCACCGCCGUGGUCUCCAGCUCACCCGAUUAUCAGAGCGGAAGUGGUUGAAGAACAAGAUCCGGGCAUCAUUUUUCUCACUCUUCAAGCACAUGAUCCUGUCACUGGUCUUCUUAUAUCUCAUUUUGAGCUUGUGGCUGAACCAAAACCAAUCAGCGAAAGCUUAACGAGGAGUCUUCCCGAUUCAGGAACACCACUCGAAUCUUUAUUUGAUCAAAUUCGCUUCAACGAAACUGAAUCCAUGAAUGAUACAACGAAUUCAAUGCUGGAUCCUGGUAUUUCGUCGCUGAUCGAACUCAACAAAUUAACUGGGGAACUAACUUUUAAAAGGCGCAUCGAUUAUGAAGAAUUAGCCAACAAGACUCUGCAGUUUCAAGUUCAGGCAAUCGCUGGGGAAGCGGAGGAUAAACGAAUGAGUUUAGCGACAGUGAAACUUGAUAUAUUGGAUGCCAACGACAACAGUCCAACGUUCACUGAAGAGGAGUAUAAGGUGAAAAUAUCCGAAUCCAUUCACCAUCCAGAUGUUUUGGUAACAGUAUCAGCCACAGACAAAGAUUCUGGGAAAUUUGGACAGAUCUUGUAUUAUGUUUCGGGCGAUGGAGCCGAUCUAUUCGUCAUCGAUGAUCCAACUAAUGGAAUAGUCCGUGUGGCUCCGAACGUUUCACUUGAUCGAGAGAAACAACCCAGUUACACCUUUACUGUCAUUGCUGCGGAUCAACCGCAGGGCAGUGAAGAGCAAAAGCGCUCCUCUGCUUUGGUAAUGGUAGAACUGAUUGAUGUGAACGACAAUGCUCCUGCUUUUACCCAACCUUCCUACACUGCCGUUGUUCCGGAGAACGCCCCGCUCGACUGGAGCGUCUCCCAAGUAGAAGCCUUAGAUCCUGAUGAACAAGAUGGAGGAAUUGUCGAAUAUAGUUUAGUGAACGAAGGCAGACUAGAAGGUUUGCUGACUGUAAUGCCCAACACUGGAAGUAUCAUUGUUAAGGGACCUUUGACAGGAAAAGGGCGUUCGGAACCUUAUGUGUUAACCGUGAGAGCUCAAGAUAAGGGCGAUUCUCCUUUGUUUUCCGAUAUCGACAUUAACGUCUACGUAGGCGAUAUUACUCCCAAUGACGGUGUACCAUCUUUUGUGAAGCCUUCGUUUGAUGAAAAAGCCUUUAUAGUUGAGGAAGCGCCUGUUGGAAGCAUUGUAUUUCAAGCAUUGGCGAUUGAUCCGGAUGAUCCGGCUACACCCAACGGACGUCUCACUUACAAAUUCCUGGAUGAUGGGACACUCGGAAGCGAUCACGCCUUCUUUGAAAUUCAUCCAGCUACGGGUGUUGUGACCACCAAAGCUCGCCUCGAUCGCGAAACCAAAGCUAGUUAUACUCUUAUCUUAGUUGCCAGAGAUCAGGGGACACCGUCACAGCAAGCUACUCGAAGGUUGAAUAUUAUUGUGAAAGACAUCGAUGACCACCCACCCCAGUUUAUUCGCACCCCGUACGAUGGUCCAUUGCAAUUCAGCGUUCUAGAACAAGUGGAUCCCGGUUGGUGUGUCGAUCAAUUAAAAGCUUCAGAUCCUGAUCAAGGAGAAAAUGCUGCAAUUGAAUAUCUAAUUAUUUUUGGAGAUGAUGCCGGUGUAUUUACUCUUGAACGGAAUCCAGACAACCUUGUCCGACUUCUGGUUAAAGGUACCAUCGACCGCGAAGUGGUUGACAGCUACCUGCUAACAAUCAAGUGCUUCAAACCAGCGGAAAAGCCGUCUGAAUUGCGGAAGAUGUACAACCCUCAAGAUACGUCUGAAAUUCAAGUAAAGAUCACAGUCAAAGAUAUCGAUGAUAAUGAUCCUGUAUUCACCCAGACAAACAUCACUACCGGUGUGCGUCUAAAUGCCCCACUGCACACGGAAGUGGUACGACUGGAAGCCAUCGAUCCGGAUGCUGAAUCUGGCCCUGUAUUUUAUAAGCUGCUUAACGUUAGCUUUAUACGUGCUCACCACUAUGCAUCAAGUGGAGGAGACACGCAGAUAGAUUCAUCGUCGGCUGUGUCCAAAACGUUUGAUUUGGACACUAGUACCGGUUUACUGACCACUAGCCAAACUUACGGACUUUUCGUUGACGGAUAUUUCUUACUUCAUGUCUGUGCCUGGACUGGGGAAGAAAGUCGUUCGGACCGUAAAGCAUUUAAUACGUUGAAGGUGUACAUUUUACGAGAUUCUGAGCUGAUGAAAUUUGUUUUUACCAAACCUCCUCCGGAUGUGAAACCUAUCUUGGCUGAUUUCCGACAAUCAGUUGAACAAAGCCUCGAAUUGCCACUUACAUUAAAUUUAUACGAAUCUCAAUUUUAUUCCCGCGACGGAGCCUUGGACUUCUCCAGUACUAGUUCCUGCUUUCAAUUGGUCGGCAAAGACCAUGUUUUUGACUUGAAAGAUACCGAAUUACUUCUUAACGCGGAGCGUAAUCAACGGCUUCGUAGCGUCUACGACAAAUUUUCAGUCGCUAAUCUAGAGCGCUGUGUACCCCGCGGAACUUUGUACGAGAUAAACAACCUCGAAAUUUGGUUGCUUGUUAUUGGUUGUCUGAUUGGUGCCAUGGCACUCAUCGCAGCCCUGACUACAUGCUGUCUGUUUACCAGAUACGAAUCGAGAAUGAAGAAAUUAAAUCCUGGCAUUCAGGUAACUGGGCCGUCUGGAACGGGAACAAGGAGGUCUUCAUCGAUUGCUCAACCUCACGCUUCGUUAUUGAAUCUGAGCCCUGAUAGCCAGAUAUAUUACGAUGGUCAUUCGUCCCUUGCCAGAUCGGUUCUGUAAUAUGAACAGAAUGAACAGAAGGACGGUCUUUUAUCAAGUGCAAUCGCGCGUGUCGUUAUUUACUUAAAACACGACUUGUGUUUGUGAUUAACUUUACCAUCUAAACUUUUGAACUCAUAAACGUUAUUUAGAUGUCA